AUGUUACCAAGAACUCCCCUGAAGAUACCUGCUGUGCGUGUCAAGCUGCUCAAAAAUCACCAUGACAAACAGUCACCUACCUCAUCAUCCUCUCUGCCAUCACCAGCCAGCAACGUACAACCAACUUCUUCCUCUCCGAGCAGACCUGGCCACGAGGUGCAAAUCGCCGGCCCCAAAAACAACAAACUCGAAUCUGGGUCCGUGGGAGCAAGAUCCUUGUUGUCAAUUCCUUUCGCAAGCUCGGUUCGUCCAUCUGACCUGCUUAACCCUGUUACACCCUCGGCAACCGCGACAACUGUCCCAGCCAAGCGCUUCGAACUCGGCCAAGAAGUGUUCAUCCUCGACCGCGAUGGUAAUAGCGUUCUCUGUAGUCGGGCCAUUUCACCUACCACUGUUGCAAACACGGUUAAAUUCGACGCAGCCGCACUUGAAGAAAUGGAGUCGAUCAGCCCUGUUCAUUACGACGGCCCAAACAUCUUCCUCGUCUUACGGUGCAUCGCAAAGCGUUGCACACCAAAGAAGGCAGACAACUACACCAGCGGGGAAAACACCAUGUACCACCUCGUCCCAAAGGACGGCAACGGCCGUCAAAGGCUGUCCCCUUCUGGCAAGAUGAUGGUCGAGGUUCGCUUCCGGCCGGGCGACUGGGCUUGGUACUUGCAUCGACGGAGCGGCAUCGAUGGAACAAUAAUCAAGCUGAAAGCGCUCGUCAUCGGGGCCGAGGUUCUUCACAUGAAGAGGGUCUACCAUAUCAGCGUUGUGCACCACGGUUGCGACAGGAUCCUGGUCUCCGAUGAGCGGUUGGAAGAGGUCGUCAGUGGCAUUGACGCCUGA